AUGAAGAAACAUUCGAGAUGGGGACGUGAACCUUUUGAUGUUAAAGACAAAGUGAGAGGUUGGGACAGGGCAAUUAUUUUUGGCGGGAUCAUGAGCGAAAAGGACGUACCAAUACGACAAAGGCUCACUGAAUCUAUCAAACGAUUGUGGACUGUUGUGAUCAAGACUAGUGAUGAGACCUUUAAUGAGGAAGCACUUAAAGGAUUUUCAUCGUGGCUGUAG